UUCGCCUUUGGACGCUGUUUGCGUGUUGUUUAUUUCCAAUAGGCCUAUAUUCGUUAAAAUAUGACUUUAGCUGUGAUAACGAAACUUUAAAGUCUACAAAAUAGUAAAAUAUACCCUACAUCACAAUAAUUAGACAUUUGAAUAGUAAAAUCAAUCAAUUAAAAUGAAAAUCGCCGUGGAAGGUUGUGCUCAUGGAGAGCUAGAUAAAAUAUACGAAUGUAUUGAAACUUUACAAGAACGAGAAGGCAUUAAAAUAGAUUUUUUGAUCUGCUGCGGGGAUUUUCAAGCGGUUCGUAAUAAUGGAGACUUACGGGCCAUGGCUGUACCUGAGAAGUACCAAAAUAUCUGCACUUUUCAUAAAUAUUAUAGUGGAGAAAAAGUUGCACCUAUACUUACAAUUUUUAUUGGAGGAAAUCAUGAAGCAUCAAAUUAUUUACAAGAGCUGCCAUUUGGAGGUUGGGUUGCACCAAACAUUUAUUAUUUAGGAAGAGCUGGUGUUAUUCAAUUUGGAAAUUUAAGGCUUGGUGGUAUGUCAGGAAUUUUUAAAGGGCAUGAUUAUUUACAAGGCCUUUGGGAAAGUCCACCAUACACUACAAGCUCAUUGCGAUCCGUAUACCACAUAAGAGCGCUAGAUGUAUUUAGACUUAGUCAAUUAAAAGAGAAGAUUCAUGUUAUGCUCUCACAUGAUUGGCCGAGAGGCAUAACUGAUUAUGGAGAUAAAAACUUUUUGUUAAAGAGAAAACCAUUUUUCAGAGAAGACAUUGAGUCAAAUCAGCUGGGAAGUCCACCGGCAGAAAAGCUUUUGCACACAUUGCAACCUGACUACUGGUUUGCUGCACAUUUGCAUUGUCAAUUUGCAGCAUUAGUUAAGCAUGAAAAUGGCACUGAAACCAAGUUCCUAGCUCUUGAUAAAUGUCUGCCUAAGAGAAGACAUUUACAAAUAUUGGAUCUGCCCUCGGAAUUUGAUGGAGACAAACAAUUGAAGUAUGAUGCAGAAUGGCUGGCUGUUUUGAAGAACACAAAUCAUCUUUUGUCCGUUAAAAAUAUAGAUUGUCAUUUACCUGGUCCGGGAGGCAAUGAAAGAUACGAUUUUACACCGAACCAGGAAGAAAAGGAUCUAGUUGAACAAUUAAUGGGAAAUUUAAUGAUUAAUCAUGAGACAUUUGUACAAACUGCACCUGUUUACAAACCUAACAUGCCGAGAGUUCCGCCUAACGAAGCAAUAAUGAAUCCACAAACUGUCACUUUGUGUGAGAAACUUGGCAUUGAUGAUCCCCUGCAAGUAGUUUUAGCUAGAUCCGGCAGAAGUAUGAAACAACCUUUGAUUAUUCCGAUACCAGACAGUAUAGUGCCCAGCACACCUAUAAAGUGUUCCAGAUUAUCACUUCCUGCUCCAAUCACACCAAGUGAAAAUGAAGAUCUGUCAGAAACAGUGUCAGCUUUUUCGCAAAGUAACAGCUUUCUGUCUGAAAGUGGUAACGCUACAACUGACUGUGAAACACCCCCAAAAUCAAUGAAAAAAGUAUUCAAAAGACGAAAUUUGGCUAUGUACACACCAGAAGAAGAAAACGGUAGCAAUUCUUCUGGCUCUAUGAUGGAUUCAGACAGUCCACGGUCCAGUAAGCUUGCGUGUAAAAGUGACCAAUUAUAGUAUUUUCAAUUGGAAGUAAAAUGAAUACCAAGUAGCAUCAUUUAGAUGUUACUAUAAUAAUUGGGUUCUAUUUCAUAAUUUGAUUGUAUUAUGAGUUAUUAGGCACAAUUGUUUGCGCUUUGCAACAUUUAUUGUCUUUUGACAAGAUAAUAAAAAUAAUAGAAUAGCAUAAUUAAUUUUAAUGAAAUCUAAGUAAAAACUAAACUUUGUUCUAAUGUCCUAUAUUAUCUUCUUCAAUUAAUUUUCUUCACUUCCUUAUUUUAAUAAAAUACUCAAUAAGUUAUAAACUAUUUUUAAUAAUUGAAAAGCAAUAAUUUUAGUAGUCCCAAUUUAA